AUGUACAUUCAUAUGAUGAGUGACUUGCAAGCGCAUGCCUCUCUGAUCGCCCUUUCCACACUAACACUUGUCGUGUUGUACACGGGCGUGUCGCUGCUGAUCAACUACCGCAGAUGCCCCCAGAUCAAGGGCCCGUGGUUAGCGUGCGUCUCCGAACUCUGGCUGUUUCGAUCCACCACGGCCGGACGCAUGUACGAGGACUGUUCAGCGGUGCUGGAUCAAUAUGGAUCUCUCGCCCGCAUCGCACCCAACAAGGUCGUCACCAACGACCCUGUCAUCUGGACCCACAUGAGUGCACCGCGAUCCAAAUUCACCAAAGGCACUUGGUAUGACCCCACCACGUUGGAUCCGAAUCAGAGGAACUCGCUGUCUCAGCGUGACGACAAGCUUCACAGUGUGCUCCGAGCGAAGAUGGCGAAGGGGUACUCGGGCAAAGAGAUUCCGGCGCUCGAGUCCAACAUUGACGAUCGGAUCAACGACAUGGUGGUCCUCAUCAAAAACGAGUCCGCAGCCGGCAAACCCGUGGACAUGGCCAAGAUUGCCCAGUUCUUCACGCUGGACGUGCUGACCCAGAUCGCCUUUGAGGCACCCUUUGGGUAUCUCACCAAGAACGACGAUGUCUUCCAGUACAUUCAAAAGGUGCAAGAGUUUCUGCACAUCCUGGAGCUGGCAUCCAACAUUCCGGCCAUACAUCGAAUGUUAUCCAGCAGGAUCAUGCUGCGACUGUUUGGUCCGAAACCCACGGUCAAGCUGGGCAUGGGCGCCAUGCUGGGAGUUGCGCAGCGUGUUGUUAAUGAGCGCUAUGCCCCGGAUGCCAAGGCGAAAGACGAUAUGCUCGGCUCGUUCAAAAGGCACGGUCUCAGCAAAGACGAGGCGGAAAACGAGGCUGUCCUCCAGUUGUUGGGCGGCUCGGACUCCACCGCCACGGCGAUCCGGAUGACGUUCCUCUUCAUCCUCACCAACCCGGACGUGCAUACGAAGUUGAUGUCCGAAUUCAGUGCUCACAGGGACCAGAUUUCAACUCCGGUCAUCAAGAGCGUCGAAGCUCGCGAGUUGCCGUAUCUACAGAGCUGCAUCAAAGAAGGCCUCCGAGUGUUUCCGCCGCUGGCAGGCCUGCAGGGCAAGGUCUCGCCUCCAGAAGGCGAGACGGUCAAUGGGCGUUUCAUCCCCGGCAACGUCGAGGUCGGCUGGAAUCCCAUGUCUAUGCAGCGCCGGCGCGAGAUCUACGGCGAGGAUGCCGAGAUGUUUCGACCCGAUCGCUGGAUCGAAGCCGCGGCUCUGGAAGACGAUGGUGCCAAACUCGGCUUGAUGGAAAAGACGCUCGGCCUCGUCUUCGGACAUGGAAAAUACGGGUGCCUAGGCAAGACUAUCGCCCUGAUGGAGUUGGACAAGGUCUUUGUAGCGCUGUUUCAAAACUUCAACUUUGCCCUCGUCGACGUUGUCCGGCCGGUGCGCACAUUCUGCCACGGCGCCCACCUCCAGUCGGACAUGUGGAACUCCUUCAAAGACGUGACUCAUUCCUGGAGGUUCUUCGGACUUACCUCCUUCGGGGGUGCUUCCUUUGCGCACCCAAGACAAUUUCGUGCUUGA